AUGGAAGACUCCAACGCUUCCGAUCCUUUCCUUCCACCCUCUUCUCCCGACGAGGCUUCAUCCUCACUUGAUGCUGAGCCUGCCACGGGAGUCCGCUCAGUGCUGCUGCGACUAUAUCUUUCGCACAGCCUGUCCGCCUGGAACUCGCGUAUGUUUGAGUUCGGCGCCGUCCUAUUCCUAGCUUCUGUUUUCCCCGGAACACUACUAUAUGCUUCGAUCUAUGCCCUGGUUCGGGCCUUGGCAGCCGUGGCGCUGUCGUCGUGGUUAGGAGAUCGGGUUGAUCGGGCGGAUCGCCUGGUAGCCGUGAGGCAUUCAAUUGUUUGGCAGAGAGGCUCUGUCGCAGUCUCUUGCUUGUGUUUUGUCGUUCUUCUGGCGACAGACGACCCCGCAAUCACUCUCGUCCUAUUCGUCGCCGUGGGCUUGUUGGCUUGCGUGGAGAAAUUAGCUGCAACGGCUAAUACGGUGGCUGUGGAACGAGAUUGGGUAUAUCGAGCGGUCCCUGCCUUGGCAAGGGCACCGCCCUCGGUCUUCAAUGAUGAAGAAGACCGCAGGAUACUCCCGCACUGGCAUGACGCGGUAGCUCCCUGGCGGGAGUACUUGAGCAGCCGGGUGUUUCUGGCAUCAUUCGCCCUCAGUCUGCUCUACCUCACCGUUCUCUCCUUUGGCGGAACCAUGGUCACCUACCUUCUGCACACGGGUUUCAAUUCAUUGGAGGUCAGCGCCAUGCGUAUCGGAUCUGUGGCCGCCGAACUGUCCGGGACCUGGACAGCGCCGUUCAUCAUGAGCCGAAUCGGUCCCAUUCGAUCCGGGCUGUGGUUCCUUAACUGGCAGUUGUGCUGUGUGGCUGGCGGCGCAGCAGCAUACAUCUUCUUUGAUGCCAGCUCGCAGUUGGUUGCGGGCAGUCUCAUUGUAGGAGUGGCUCUGAGUCGAAUCGGGCUCUGGGGCUUUGAUCUUUCGGUGCAAUUCCUGGUGCAAGACAGUGUCCCGGAGAACGCACGCGCGCGCUUCUCGUCGACGGAGAUGGCACUACAGAAUAUCUUCGAGAUGCUCUCAUUUGCAUCCACCAUUGUGUUCUCACGCCCCCAACAGUUCCAGUAUCCCGUGCUAAUCAGCUGUGGGGCUGUCACUGUGGCGGCUGCAUGCUUUGCAGCCCGGCGAAAUGUGGAUCACCUCAAUUAUUGCGGGGAAAACCAGGUCACGCUCGCCAUUCCUUCUUCUUCUUUAUCUAACCUCGACUAUGCUUCUGGCUCUGCCAAUUCGGCAUUUGUUCGCAUCAUGGAGGUGCCCAAAGCCCGGGGACCAGGCAGGUCAGGCCCGCGCCGCCGAACGGGCUGUCUGACGUGCAGGGCUCGCAAGGUGCGGUGCGAUGAGACCAAACCCAGCUGCGCAAACUGCGAUCGACUGCGCCUGCGCUGCGUCUACAAACCGCCCCUCUCGCUUGGUGGAUCGCCGUGGUCGUCUCGCUCACAACCCGCGACUCCCGCCGCACCGCCAACACCCUCUCCAGCGCCCGCGCUGGGGGGCCUGGCAUCGGCUGCGGCGGCGGUAGCUGCGGCUGCAAACGCCUCGCAGCGCUCGCCGGAUCUGAAUUUUUUCAACACUGUGCUCCGUUCCGAUGAACAUCACAAAACCAUUCCCGCGGCGGCUUCCCCGCUGCGCCGAUUGCCACCGGACCCGGAGUCCUACCCACCCGAUAUGGGAGGUCCAUUUGAUAUGCUUGGAUUUAUGGGCGGAAUCACCUCGGAACUGGAGCAGAAACAUCUCGACUUGACAAGCGGGCUUGCCGCCUCGUUCACCGCCAGUCCGACGCCGCAGUCGCUUCCUGCAAGUAUUGCACCAAAUCACAACGGGGAAGAGAGACCGUCGUUUGCUGCAGACCGGCAAACACCGCUUAGUCCGGAUGCACCGUCCUCGCUCAUCGACUCGAUGGGCAGCGCCUCGGACACGCGCGGCAGCUGGUCAGACCCCGGAACUGCCUCGUACGAGGAUCAACUGCUGCAGCAUUUCUUAACCAUUGAUCCGCCAGCAGCUAUAUUUGGCCCUGUGGCAAUGGAGUGGAAGUACGUGCGACCAGCGAUAUUGGCACAUGCGCGUGAUUUCAGCCCCCUCGUAAAUGCCGUCUACUGCUACUCGGACAUCCACAGAGCAAUGCUGGAGGGGAAGCAAUGGAACUGGGCGCCUACGUAUUACCGGGUGGCCAGCUCGGAAAUCCAAGCUUGUCUGUUGGGUGAGGUGGCCGAGUCGACGUUGGUCAAGGUUUUCGCUGCGGUCUUUCUCCUGAUGUUAUCCGAGCUUCUCUCCUCACCCGAGUUGUGUUCCCCGGGUACUUCAUAUAUCCAUUCUUCUUACCUCCUCCUACAACGCUUUCACGCCCGUACCCGGUCAUGGACUGGACUCGGGCAUCUCCUGGUAUCUUGGGUAUCCCUGCUUGAUGUCAAAGCCUUGAUCGCUGGCCGAGAUGGCGACCCGCUCGUUGAGCUGGGGAAUGUGUCAGAGCAUGGGAUAGCAUCAAAUCCUUCUGAGAUGCACAGUCCGCGGACGACUAGAGCGCCUGCGCCUGCUCCUAUUACCCCCGAGGACCGCAACAGCGACUCCGAUUACGAAGAUCCCUUUCGCAGCCCCAGCUACCUCGUCUACGAAGCAAUCGUGAGCCCCGCGUUUCGAUUCUUUGUCCAAGCGCAGCAGGUCGUGCGGCGCAUCGUCUGCAUAGAUCUACAUCAUCGGAGCCGAGGCACCCUCAGCGACGAAUUCGAGGUCCUCCAGAUCGCACACAAAGUCGGCGCCGACCUUGAGACCCUCUGGCACCGGCGCCCACCCGUCGUGGACGUUUAUGGCCGACCCGAAGCCCUAACCGACACGCUUUGCGCACCUAUUGCGAACGAAAUCUGCCGUACAUUCCGGCAGUACGUCGCCAACUUCCUUGCCAACUUCAUCUAUCUCCACCGCGUGGCUUUUGCCAUCUACCCGCGCACCGACCGCGUCAACGGCGCCGUAGACCAGAUCAUCCAGCUCGCCACCGUUGAGUCCGCCGCCGGCUCCGAACCGGGCCACCUGCCCGUCAGCUUUCUGUAUCCCCUUUUCGUCGCUGGCCUCGAGGGCUCUGCAGACCAACGACAGUGGAUCGUCCAUGAGAUGCAGCGCAUGGCCGCGGCGCGCCGCGAGACGGAUCCGGCUGCAGCGAUAAACCGCCAUCCUUCAGUGGAUAAGGUCUUGCUUCUGUUGGAGGAGAUGACUCGGCGGCAGGAUGUCUCGCGCACUUGGGCGGACUCGCGGUCCGUACGCAGGGAAUUGUUUUCGGAUUUCUUUGUCAUGAUCUAG